AUGCUCUUCAUGAAGACGUACACAUACGUCGACGGCCUACUCGCCUUCGCGAACGAAUACCCCUCUGCCCGACGGCACCUACGGGCUGCCGUUGCUGGUCGACCGACUCUGCCUCGUCUAAGACUGGCACUGUUGGAUCACGCUGGGGACAGAGGGGUGAUUAAGCGAGCUGUGGGUGGUGAUGAUGAUGAUGAUGGUGGUGGUGGUGGUGCGGCGGCGGCGGGUGUGUUGGUCAUCACCGGUGUGGUGGUGGUGUUGUUGGUGGUGUUGGUGGUGUUGGUGGAAAUGGAAAAUCACGCCAAAGAAGACUAA